UUCACAAAUGUUAAAUCAUAUUGCCUGUCUGCGACGCAGUUUGAUUUUGAACAUUACUCUCUAUCUCAAAACAGUUUGAACGUUCGAAGAGUUAGGACGCGAUUUUGAUCGAAACAAAAGAGAAGUUAAUUUUUGAAGAUUAAUCAAAAGUGAAAAAAAUGAAUCGAAUCAUCGAUGCUGAAGGAUACACUAAUGUCUAUGUGGAUGGUUCUUGGUUGAGCGCUGGUUCGCCUGGUUCUGCGGCUGGCUAUGGCAUUUUUUGGGGCCCAAGUGAUCCAAACAAUCGAAAAGGGCAAUCGCCAAGCAAUGCAACGAACAAUGUUGCUGAAAUUCAAGCUGCUACAAUUGCCAUCAAACAAGCGGGACAAUUGGGCAUUCGAAAAUUGCGCGUUAAUACGGAUUCAGAAGUGCUAUACAUGGCGGCCACACAAUACAUUCCGAAGUGGAAACAAAAUAAUUGGAUGAGCCUGUACAACAUCUAUUCACCGAUUAAAAAUCGUCGCAAUUUCGAAGAUUUGGACAUCGCGAUGCGUUCGUAUCCGCAAAUGGAUAUCAAAUUCAGGCAUAUACCAGGACAUUCUGGAAAUCAAUAUCAUAACGCCGCUGAUCGUCUGGCCAGAGCCGGUGCUGAAUUGCACCAGUAUUAAUCAGUUCAUAAUGUGUUUGAUUCUACUGAAAAAAUACAUCUCAUUCAAACGGCCAUUUUUCUCCUGUCAUAAAAUUUUAGAUUUCGCUUUCGUUCCAUAAAGUAAUAUAAUGAUGUUAUAAAUUCAAAAAACGCACCAUAUAGCACUGCGAACAUAACAAAUAAUAUAGCAUUGUGUCACACCUUUCAUAAAAUAAAAUUCAUUAAGACGCGCUCAUAAUUACAGUAGUAGCGUUGGUAUGGAUGCAAAAAAAAAAUCAUAUAUUUUAUUA